CACGGAUUGCCAUGAUAUUCGUGCGUUUAGCGAAGAAAAUCUCCGCCAAAACGACCACUUCCUGCGAGCACCCACUAACAAAACGAAGGGGAGUGCCGAAAGCGUGUGGUUCUGCAACUACAAUUAGCUACAUACGAGACGAGCACUGUUGUGUCCUUAAAACUGACAACUGUAUUAUCCUGAUUAUUUUCAACAAGCGGUACCGAAACAGCGGAACUAAUUUGUUACGUAAAUACAAAAGUGAUUCCACAUAUUCUAAUGUACCAUGUGACCAGGUAUUCCAAUAAUUAUUAUCACUUUAUUGGUCGCGGAUACCCAUCAGUCUUCAGGUGAUUUUUCUCGUCAGAAUGAUUGUCGAUUGAACGAUGACAAGUGAGUUGGUGAUUUGAUCAUGGUUAACUCCGCUAACUAUAUGAACUCUAACCCUACACAGUUCUUGAAAGGGGACACUGAGGCUGUGGGAUGGUUUGUGACGACGAAAAAGGCUUUGGCCUUGGUGGUUUUAGCCAUUUUCACUCUGGUUUUUGUGAUAGUUGUUAUGUAUUAUUAUGGACCCAAUAGGAAGAUCAUACAGAUUCAGGAAGAAGACAAUGAUAUCGAGGAAAUACUCAAAGAAGAAUUAGAAAAUAAAAUCGAAAAAGAUAUUAGACUUCCCAAAAGUUUGAAUCCUUUGCUUUAUAGGCUGAAGGUGCAUCCGAUUAUUGAUCCGGAUGGCCCAAAAAACUUUUCUUAUACGGGAAGUGUUCAGAUCAAAGUUCAAUGCAAAGAAGAAACAGAUACAGUAAUUUUAAAUUGGUACAAUGUGAAUAUAACUAAUCGAAUAGUCAUUCAUCACACUGCAGUGGAGAUGAAAGGAAAUAAUAUAAUCGAAACAAAUUCCUCGAAUGUAAUUAAGAACACAGAUUUGAACAGUACAUCCUCGGAAAAUACAGAAGAACAAACCAAAAAUAUAGAAGGCGUAAUAAUUCCUGAUGAUUUUGAGAUUGAUGUUGAUGAUAUACAAACAAAUAAGGAGAAUAGCAAGCUUAAAAUCAAGCUGAAGGACAGCAUGCAAAUUAAUUUCAAUUACACGAUAAAAAUCGAGUUUUCUGGGAAAAUAUCUGACAAUUUAAUUGGCCUUUAUAGAACUUCCUACAACACCACAGAAGGUGAAUCCAGGUGGCUUGUAACGACUGAUUUCGAGCCUAUAUAUGCUAGAAGACUCUUUCCUUGUUUUGAUGAACCACAAUUCAAAGCACCUUUUGAUGUAAGCAUUGCCAGAAGGAAAAAUAUGACAACAUUAGCUAAUACUCCUUUGAAGUUCACAGAACCCAUGGAAAACGAUACAGAAUGGGUAUGGGACCAUUUUGAGAGGACACCACCCAUGUCAACAUGUUCACUUGCUUUUACGAUAAGUGAUUUUGUACCUCUCAAGUGCAAUUCGACUUGUCCUAAUUCAAUAAUCAAAAUUUGGGGCCCACAUAGUGACUUAUCGAAAGGCGAUUUCGCAUUGAAAUCUGCUGCAGCUAUUAUCGAUUAUCUGGAGAGAUAUUUUGGAAUAAAAUAUCCCCUGCCUAAGUUGGAUUUAUUGGCAGUACCAAAUUUGGCUCAGGCAGCCACAGAAAACUGGGGACUAAUAUCAUUCAGAAAAUCAUCACUACUUUUUGACCCCAAUAAAGAAAGUGUCCUUGUGAAACCGCAAAUAUUCAACGUUUUAUGUAAGAACAUAGUAAAGCAAUGGAUGGGCAAUUUGGUUUCCAUAAGAUGGUGGUCAGAAUUAUGGCUGAAAGAAGGUUUUGCAAUGCUUCUUUCAACACAAAUUGAAAAAGAUCUGAAACCUGAAUGGGAUACUUACAACAAUCUACCUCUGAUGGAGAUAGAGACGUCGCUCUUCGAGGACAGUCUGAAUUCAUCUUCAAGUCUCCGUACGAAAAUUGUCGAUAAUGAACAAAUUGAACAAAUUACGGACUCCCUAAUCUACGAGAAAGGAAGUAGCUUGUUGAGAAUGCUGAACAAUACCGUGACUCAGCCUGUUUUUGAAGAAGCCAUAAGGAAUUAUUUGCGGACGUUUUCCUAUAAGGCAGCUGGUCAAGAUGAACUCUGGGUGGAAAUAGUAAAAAUAUCAGAAAACAAAAGUAGCAACGAAUCACCAUGGACUGAAGGAAAUUUGAAGAUCAUUAUGGAUAGCUGGACAAAGCAACCCGGAUAUCCAUGUGUUGUGGUGGAGAAAAAGGGCGCAACAGGGGUGUAUAGUAUAACACAAAGCAAAUUUGGAGAAGAAGAUGAGACCAGAUCGUGGUUUGUUCCUGUUACAUACAUGAAGAAAAAUGACACCCAAGUGAAAAGGGUUUGGCUGAAUAAUGAAAAAUCUAUUAAUGUGAAUACUGACGCAGUGGAGGAUUCUUGGAUUUUGGUUAAUAUAGGACGAAAAGGAUUUUAUAGAGUAAACUACGACGAAGAAAACUGGAGAUUGCUCAAAGAGCAGUUGGAGGAAGACCAUCACAAGAUACCACUGUCAAAUCGUGCCCAAUUACUAGAUGACUCAUUCGAGCAGGCAAAGAUGGGUAGUUUGAAUUACAGUAUACCAUUUGAGCUAACAAAUUUUCUCAAAUACAACGAAUCUCUUUACGUUGCUUGGUAUCCUGCUUUGAACAACUUGAAAUAUAUCAAAACCAUAAUGGAUUAUCAUGAGUAUUCCGGAAUUUACCACACAUUCUUGAUCAAUCUAAUCGCCAGACGUUUCAAUAUCUUGGGAACGUCACCCAAACCAAGGGAAUCAAUAAAUGAUAAAUUUUUGAGGUUGGAGAUAAUCAACCUUGCUUGCCAUCUCUAUUAUGAACCCUGCAUUGAUUGGGCGAAAGCUCAACUCAAAAGGUGGAUGGAACAAAGUGAUCCAGACUCAAAUAAUCCAAUUCACAGGGACUACCGUAAAAUCGUACAAUGUAUGGCUAUUGAGAAAGGAAGUAGAAAAGAAUGGUACUUCUUAUGGGAUAGAACGUAUAAUCCAAAUAUCUCACCAGAAGAUCUCAAUGUCAUUUAUUUAUCGCUUGGGUGUACACAUGAUCCUUGGCUCCUAAACAAAUAUUUACAUUUAUCCUUGACUGGAAAUAUCUCACUGGAAAACGUGCCACUGGUUUGGAAGUCCUUGAAUCAUCCAGUUGGUUUGAGAACAGGCUUUCCAUUUCUACGAAUGAACUGGAAUAAAAUAUUUGAGGAAUACAAGGAAAUAUUUUUCGUACUGAAGACCAUCAUAAAUGACUUCCUCUCUAAUUUAGCAACGGAAGUGGAUCUUGAAGAUCUGACGCAAUUUUAUAAGUCGCAUCAAGAUGAUCUGGAAAUGGUCGCUAGUAUUAUGCAAGAAACAGUGAACAAAAUUAAACUGAGAAUAGAAUGGAAAAAGAAACAUCUGAAUUCUGUUGUUGAGUGGUUAAAUUCUAAUGUUAAGAAGAAUCGUUGAAGUGUAAUAUAUAUUUAUAUUUUACAAA